ACCCUAAAACCUAUCACCCCGCCGCGCUGCAUCCCCAGAACACCGAGCGUCCCGCCACUCGGUGCUUUCCCUUCCGGCUGCUGUUUCUCUCUCGUCACCGGGAGCACUUGACGAGGAGAGGCAAGCGGAACUCGACCCCGGCUCGUUUACAUCCAUAUUUUGAUAGCUUGGGCCAAGCUCUACUCCUGCCGAUGUGCCCCACUGCCAUGGAAUCUGGCAAGAAGAAGAAGACGAGGUCAAGGAAGCGAAAGAGUAACUCAAGCUGUCAAAUCGAAGAAGAGCAACCACCAAAACAACAAGACGAAGAGCAGCAACAAGAAGAGAAAGAGCAGCACGAGUCUGAGAAGGACCAGAAGGUAUCUGAAGAUGAGGAGGCUAAUGGAAGUGGAGAAGAUCGUGAUUCCACUGACGUUAAUGGAAAGGAGGAGCCUGCUGCGAAGAAACAGAAGGUCACGCCCAGGAAGGUGUCUUCGAUCAUGUCCUCUGAGCCUUUCACGAUUCUCCCUAUCUCUGAGCUCACGAUGAACGCUGUUAAGGAGAUGGGUUUCGUCAACAUGACUCAGAUCCAAGCUAAGGCUAUUCCGCCUCUUUUGGAAGGUAAAGAUGUUAUGGGGGCUGCAAGGACUGGUUCUGGAAAGACACUUGCUUUCUUGAUUCCUGCUGUGGAGUUGCUUUAUAAUGUCAAAUUUUCUCCUCGUAACGGGACUGGAGUCAUCAUAAUAUGUCCAACCAGAGAGCUUGCUAUACAAACACAUGCUGUGGCAAAAGACCUUCUCAAACACCACUCACAAAGUGUGGGAUUGGUUAUGGGUGGAGCACCUAGAAAAACAGAAGCAGAAAGACUUGGAAAGGGUGUGAAUUUAUUAGUAGCCACGCCUGGAAGACUUCUUGAUCAUCUUCAAAAUACCAAGGGCUUCAUAUAUAAGAAUUUACAGUGUCUUAUGAUUGAUGAAGCUGAUCGAAUAUUGGAGCAAAACUUUGAGGAUGACAUGAAACAAAUAUUUAAGCGCCUACCCGAGAAUAGGCAAACGGCUCUCUUUUCUGCUACUCAGACCAAGGAGGUUGAGGACUUUGCACGGUUAUCUUUCCAGAAAAAGCCAGUGUAUAUUGAUGUUGACGACGGGAGGUCAAGGGUGACAGUUGAAGGGUUGCAACAAGGCUACUGUGUUAUUCCGAGUGAUAAAAGAUUUCUUGUUUUAUAUGCUUUUCUGAAAAAACAUAUGUCAGAAAAGGUGAUGGUGUUCUUUUCAUCCUGCAAUUCGGUCAAGUUCCACUCAGAACUUCUCAAAUACAUUCAGAUUGAAUGCUUUGAUAUACAUGGAAAGCAAAAGCAGGAGAAACGGACUAACACAUUCUUCGAUUUCUGCAAAGCAAAUAAAGGCAUCCUACUUUGUACUGAUGUUGCUGCUCGUGGACUUGAUAUACCUGCAGUGGAUUGGAUUGUGCAAUAUGAUCCGCCUGAUGAACCAAAGGAGUACAUUCACAGGGUUGGUCGAACAGCCCGGGGUGAAGGUGGCAAGGGACAGGCAUUGUUGUUCCUAUUGCCUGAAGAAUUGCAAUUUCUUACUUAUCUGAAGGCAGCGAAGGUGCCUGUGAAAGAAUAUGAUUACCAGAAAAAGAAGCUGCUAAAUCUGCAGCCCCAGCUGGAGAAGCUUGUUGGUGAAAACUACUAUCUCAAUCAGUCAGCUAAAGAUGCAUAUCGGUCCUACUUGUUGGCAUACAACUCACAUUCUAUGAAGGAAAUUUUCAAUGUGCACCGCCUUAAUCUUAAGGAAGUGGCACAAUCGUUCUGUUUUAACUCUCCUCCAAAAGUAAAUUUGAAUUUGGAAAGCAGCGUAUCUAAAUUUAGGAAGAAGAUGCGGAAAGUGGAUGGCAAUCGACAUGGUAUCAAUGCCAGCAACCCUUACGGAAGGAAAAGUGGCGAUACAAGACAGUUUCACCAGAUUCUAACAGUGUUCGUGCGGAAGAGUCUGUCAUCAGAUCUCUCUAUUUUCAACUAUAUUUAUAUGGCAAUUGGAUGGUGAAAUUCUUUUCAAAUCACUAUAGCCUUUUGGUACUUUGCUCAGCUUGUGUUGGAGCGAUCUGUGGCAAUUUCAUCAUAGUGACAAGCAUCAGUUGUGCAUGUCUCCUUACAACAUUGCUGGCAUAUUCUGCCACAGAAAUUUUGAUUACAAUAUGUUUUUAUCCAUGUCAAAUACAUAUAUGACUCUGCAAUUGCACUCUGUUCGCAACUGCUGAUUUAAGAAAUUGAAACUUGAAUUUAAUUUGGA